UGCCUACUGACUAGGAGAGUUUGUGCAACAAUCAAACCUAUUCAGGCAAAACGACCAUGCAAUAUGUUCUCGAUGAAGCAAGAAUUCAAUAAUCUGCUUUCAAAGAAAAAGGAAUAUCUGAUACGACAGCGACGGUGCUCUUUGCUGAUCGAUCCGCUGAAAACGGAGGACAAUCCACUGAUACCAGAGUCGAUAAUAAUCGAGUGGCCAAAAGUCGUCGAUGGAAUUUCGCCUACAGAUGAACGAGUUGAAAUCGACAUGGCACCGCUUAUUCAUCGGGCUCGUAACGUCGUCAAAUGUCGUACAAGCCAUCCAACAAUGAGAGUCAAGUAUGUAGGGAAAAAUACAGAGAACGAUGCCAUCCUUCCACAACCCAAAACGGUAGAGGCAUUUUUUCGUGCUUCACUGGUUAAAUUACUUCACGACGGGACAACCUGCUGCAGGCAGGCGGCAGGGCGAAUGAUCCUAACUCAACGAGAGGGUACACCAGCAGCUAAAAACCUGGACCAAAACGGAGCGACCGUAAGUAAUGGAAAGUUGAUAGCCAGUCAGGCUGCUUCGAAUAACGUUUCACGAGUGCUUGUGGAACGGAUGGAUGAACGAGACGCUAAAACGACCCCGUUCAAAUAUGACAAUCACGUACUGUGUGCCACUUUCCCUGAAAUGGGAGUGGCUCUGAAUUCGAUGGUGGAUCGACGUCAACUGGCCACAAGAUAUGCUAUUCAAGUGGAAGUCGCGAUCAAUAUCGACAACAAGCUCAUCGUGAACCACGUGGCUUUGUCCCAUCCCUUUCUGAUCGCCAUCACUAAUGAUCAAACCGAGCCACUGCUGUAUUCGAUAUUCUGGAGUCGGAUGCUUGCAUCUGAGCACAAUGUGAGUCUUACAGAUAAUUCGACGAUCCCUUGGACAGUACUGCGCCAGGCAAUUCAAAACUAUGUAAAAGCACAAGUAGUACAGGCAAGAAGCCUACAAUAUCACGAAGUAUGCCAUAUACAGUGCAUGAUCUUCCUACCACGGGUAAUUCGGUGUAAAACAGUAGAAGAGCUGAAUUCAUUGGAACUUGAACUCUAUGGUAAUGUCAAGGGGUCAUCAACAACGAACCGUGUCAAAGAAAUCAGAGAUCGACUACUAACGGAACAAGUCCUACCGACUUGUCUCAUUGAGAGGCGAGAACUUAUGGUGGAUAAAUGCAUCUCAUGUUUGGAUAUGUCCACUGAACUACAACAUACAGUAUGGUCAUGGCUAUUUAAAGGCACAGAAAUGCUACAGGAUGUUGGUCAUAAGCUAUGCCCUAGUCCUAUCAUGGGUGAGAAAAAAGGUUCGAAAACGAAAAAACAAAUGGCUGCCUGUGAAGAAUAUCAGACAAUGCUCAGCCUAUUCAAUAAAGGCAGCUUGUCUCUUCAGCGAAUUUUCCGUGACAGUUCAGUAAUGGGAAAUGAAGCCAUAUUGAUCAGAAUUUGUGAUGAGAAUUGCGGAUUUCUAUCAUUCGUAUUUGGAUUUGAGAAGCUCCGAAUGGGUUCUCUUUCGGCGGAACACGUAAAAGACCUCAAACAAGGCCUUCCGGAGGUGUUAAUAGACGAGCCGUUCCCAGCCAAAUUUGAAUAUCUUAUCAAAAUUGAUGCGGUCGAUCAUCAAAAAUAUGAUAUGACUAUAUCCUUGAAACGUGCCAUAUUCAACAAUUACGAGACUAUGCGUCUGGAUCCGAGCGUCCAUGUUCAUGACGACGAAUCAGUCCGAAUCAAUCCGUUGACUGGGGCAAAAGUUACCAGAACGUCUCCACCAACCAACGAUCUCGUCCAACCAUCGCCUUUCCUAGUACCACGUAAGAAUUUUACUCUCUCUUCCGGUCUCUCUUUAUGGGGAUUUAUCUGA